CUGACCUGCAGUUCAACAACAACAACAAGUUUUACAUCAUUCAGCUGCUACAAGACAACGAGGCCCGGCGAUACAGCGUCUGGAUGCGCUGGGGCAGAGGUCAGGGGGCAGGGGGCAGCGGCAGAGGUACUGCAGGUACGGUGAGGACCCUGGUGGUCCAGGGGAAGGCUGCCCUGGACACGGAAUGCCGGGAGAAGCAGGGCAAGGCACACGUCUACUGUGAAGGGGACGAUGUUUACGACGCGCUCCUCAACCAGACGAACCUGCAGUUCAACAACAACAAGUUUUACAUCAUUCAGCUGCUACAAGACAACGAGGCCCGGGGAUACAGCGUCUGGAUGCGCUGGGGCAGAGUGGGCAAAGUGGGGCAGAAUAAUCUAAUCCCGUGCGGACCCGACCUGCAGAAAGCCAAGGACAUCUUCGAGAAAAAGUUUGCCGACAAGACGAAGAAUGAGUGGGCCGACCGAGAGUACUUCGAGAAGGUGGCUGGCAAGUACGACAUGUUGACGUUGGAUUACAGCGGGGAUUCCACCGGGAAGCAGGAGGAGGGAGCGGGGCGUGAGGAGGGGGCGGCGGAGGUGGAUUCGAAGUUGGACCAGCGGCUGCAGGAGCUGGUGGCCCUGAUCUGUGACAUCCGCGCCAUGGAGGAGACCAUGCUGCAGAUGAAGUACGACACCAGGAAAGCCCCCCUGGGGAAGCUGACGGCUGACCAGAUCCGGGCGGGCUACAGUUCCCUGCGUAAGAUUGAGGACUGCCUGAAGGGGAAUGUGUUGGGCCGGCCGCUGCUGGAGGCCUGCAACGAGUUCUACACCCGCAUCCCCCACGACUUUGGGUGAGGACCUCCACCGCUGAUCCGCAGCAAGAAGGAACUACAGGAGAAAAUCAGCCUUCUGGAGGCUCUCAGUGAGAUUGAGGUGGCGAUCAGCGUGGUGCGUUCGGAGCUGGUGGGAGACGAGAACCCUCUGGACAGACAGUACCGGGCCCUGCAAUGCAGCCUCCAGCCCCUGGAACACCAGUCUACACACUUCCAGAUGAUCAACAAAUACCUCCAGUCCACGCACGCCCCCACGCACAACGACUACAAGAUGAAGCUUCUCGAAGUCUUCCAUGUGGCGAGGGAGGGGGAAGUGGAGGAUUUCCGCACUGACAUGACUAACAGGCAGUUACUGUGGCAUGGCUCCCGAUUAACCAACUGGGUGGGCAUCUUGAAGCAGGGGUUACGGAUCGCCCCCCCGGAGGCUCCCGUCACCGGAUACAUGGUGAGUGUUUUUGGCAAAGGAAUAUACUUUGCAGACAUGUCUUCGAAGAGUGCCAACUACUGCUUUGCGACUCGAGAGCACGACGUGGGCUUGCUCAUGCUGUGUGAGGUUGCCCUCGGGGAGAGUAACGAGCUGCUCGUGGCCGACUCCGAUGCUGCGCGACUGCCCGCGGGCAAACACAGCACCAAAGGGCUGGGUCGUCUUGCCCCUGCCGCGGGCAACAGCGCCAGUCUGGAUGGAGUGGGGGUGCCGCUGGGUCCGGUGCAGGAGACGGGGGUAGAGAACCCGCGGGGUUACACCCUGAACUACAACGAGUACGUGGUUUAUCACCCGGCGCAGGUCCGCAUGAAGUACCUGCUCAAGGUCCACUUCAACUUCACCUCCCUGUGGUGACCCCCCCCCCCCCCUCCACCUCCCCUUCCAUCUCUCCCUCCCUCCAUCUCCCUCCUCCUCCUCCUCCUCCUCCCCCUCCUUU